AGACAGACGUUUGCAUUGAGGUCAACGCACUGAAACCAUCCUUUUCUACAAGAAACUACACAUUUGGUAAAAAGCCCGUUUUUAAAUCUUAUUUUUUUUGUACCAUAAGCAACCUUAGUAGCAGGCAGCCUAUUGUAUGGCUUUGAUAUCGAUACUUUUAACGCCUCGGAGGAUCGCACAAUGUAUUCCUAUACCACAAUUCUUAGCAGUUGAUAUAUAUUUCCGCAUGGUGAAUUUCUAUGGUUUGGAGCAUGGAUAAUGUAAACAAGAUGGAGGCGUUUCUGACAGCCAGCACUUCUUCAUAGGCAAUCGAUGACACCGGUAAAGGAGCAUACAAGAUCUGAGGAUCCCUACAACGAUUAAUUGAAUCUGGCCAGCCAGUUGUGCAGUCUUGGCAAGUACACAGGAUUUUUUCGGUACAUGGAUGGAAGUAGAACAUUAGAUUAUCCAAGCUUUGUAACAGACUUCAUUGAAAAUCUAUCAUCAUACACCAGAUUCACAAUUCAUUAUUACACUUGAAUAAUAGCAAUUAUGCAAACAGAACGUUAUGACUUGGUUUGCCCUAAACAUGAUGACAUUCACCAACAACCAAAGCACACAUCACAGCACUGCAGUUUCCAGGUGUCACAGGGACAUGGCUAAGAAGGAUGGAAUAAGCUUGUAUCAUCUGAGAACAUAGACAGAGAACCAAACAUUGUUAACCAAACUUGUUAUCAGAGCCAAACUCUGUAGACCUGUAAUAUUGGACACUCACCUCUCUGGACACCCUACUGAGCAGGUUAAGGAGAACCUUCUGUUGCAUUUCUUUAGUUGCAGCUUCCCACAUUUGAAUACAUUAGUCUGCAUUCGUAUUCAGUAUUGGAGUAUUGUCCGACCCAGGAUAUCCAGGAACAUACAGUACAUAAGUAUUAAAAAACAGUCACAUCGCUGAAGGGGCAACCAUGAGUGACGAGGACUUCCAUGAACACAUGGACUACUUGGAGAAUCACCUGACCAUGGGCAUGGACACCUUCAUCCAUCGCAUCGACUCCACAGAAGUCAUCUACGAGCCGCGGAGGAAGAGGGCCAAGCUGAUUGGGAAGUACCUGAUGGGAGACCUGCUGGGGGAGGGCUCCUAUGGGAAGGUGAAGGAGAUGCUGGACUCUGAGACGCUCUGUAGGAGGGCCGUCAAGAUCCUCAAGAAGAAGAAGCUAAGACGCAUCCCCAACGGGGAGCAAAAUGUCAAAAAAGAGAUUCAGCUGCUACGAAGAUUGAGGCACAAGAAUAUUAUCCAGUUGGUGGAAGUUUUAUAUAACGAGGAGAAGCAAAAGAUGUAUAUGGUGAUGGAAUAUUGUGUAUGUGGAAUGCAGGAGAUGUUGGACAGUGUUGAUGAGAAAAGGUUUCCAGUUUUUCAAGCUCAUGGGUACUUUUGUCAGCUGCUAGAUGGUUUGGAAUAUUUGCACAGCCAGGGAAUAGUUCACAAAGAUAUUAAACCAGGGAAUCUACUGCUGACGACGGACGGUGCACUAAAAAUCUCUGACCUGGGUGUAGCAGAGGCGCUGCACCCAUUUGCGGAGGAUGACACGUGUUGUACGAGCCAGGGCUCUCCGGCCUUCCAGCCUCCAGAGAUUGCCAAUGGCCUGGACACCUUCUCGGGGUUCAAAGUGGACAUCUGGUCUGCUGGUGUCACACUAUAUAACAUAACGACCAGCCUGUACCCUUUUGAAGGGGACAACAUCUAUAAGCUGUUUGAGAACAUUGGGAAGGGACACUACAGUGUUCCAGAGGAGUGUGGCGCUCUGCUCUCUGGCCUGCUGAGAGGAAUGCUUGAGUAUGACCCUGAGAAGAGGUUCUCAAUACAACACAUUAGACAACACAACUGGGUGAGGAAGAAACACCCUGCCACGGAGCCUCCGGUGCCAAUGCCCCCCAGUGCUGACCGGAGGGACGCGUGGCGUAGCAUGACCGUACUGCCUUACCUGGAGCACCUGCACGGCUACGCCGACCAGGAUGACGAGGAUGAUGAUGAACUCUUCAAUGGAGCUAGAGACAUCAUCUACUCUCAGGGUUUCACUAUGCCAGGACGGGUGCAUGAGGACGGGCUGGAGCAGAACGGGCACCGGGGGGGGUGUGUGGGGCCAGGGCUGGGGCUCAGGACCCUGUGUGUGAACGGCACAGACACAGAGAAAGACCAGGACCACUACCCAACCACCAGCAGAACCAGGUCCCGAUCAGAACGCCUCUCCAGCUCCUCCUCCAACCCCUCACGCAAAGGAGUGUCCACCUACAGCCGCAUCCGCAAGCUGUCCAACUGUAAGCAGCAGUGAGAGCAGCCCCCAGACCCCUGGCCCUGAACACACACUGGACAGGUCUGUGUUCUCUAAUUCCCUGGUCCCUGACGUUGGGGAGAUGAAUGUUUUGACAGCCUGGUCUGCAGGAUGCGAUAGCAGGACAUGAUGCGCUACAGUGGUUUGUUUCCCUUGAUCUGCCUGUCUGAAGACUGACAACAUGACGAUGAUGAGGAUGAUGAUAAUGAUGCAAGAGUGAAGCACCAGAGUGAAAUGGAGAAGAAGCGGGUAAGAGGACUAGGACUACCCCCUCUGCAAAUCACAUACUGGGACUCCCCCCUCCCUCUCCCUGUAUUAAUGUAGCUCGUUUUAGACUACUACACUGUUUAUCCUACAGUUACUCUGUAUUAAAGCGCACAUUGUGGUGUGUAUUGAAUGACAUUGAUCAUUUCAAUAAACAACAAUAUUGGUAAUAAUAAUGAUCAUAAAUAAAAUGCAUAAACUGCAUGCUAUGCAGGCUAAAGGAAAGGGAUCUAUAGACAAGCCAAGCAUACAUAACUAUUCAAGAAUGUCUUGGCUUGGUUUUGAAUUUUGCGUCUGGGUUUUGUUUUGGUGUUUUAUUCCCCACGAUAUGUUUUUCAUUAUUAUUUCUAUAAAACGCACCCCAACCUCA